AUGGCGACCGUUGAGGUUUUACUCUUCGUCCUCUUCAGUCAAGCGUUCGUAUCCAGACGACAGGAAGAGCGACACAGAAGAGACUUCCUGAACUCUACAGAAUUCCCGGCGGAGCUCAUCGACCCGGCAGCCAUCGACCUCACGCCCCUCGUCAAUACUUUAAUAAAUUCAAGCCAAUCAGGCUCUCGGCAGCUCUUCUCUCUCCUCAGCGUGACGUCCUACAGUUCUCUGGCUCUACAUAAACUCACCCUGCUGGUCUACAACAUUUCCAGCAUUCGAGGUUUAGAAAGCAACAUGUUGAGGAGGCGAUUCUGCUACUGCGUCACAAAUGACACCAACGAUUUAACAGACUUCACGGCCAUCCUGUUGGACGUGAUGGGAAACUCAACAAGUUAUCUACAUGAGCUCUUUAAAUCUUCCUCCAUAUUAUCAGUAAGCCAGAAGAACAACUCGGCCUGUAUCUACAUCUGUGUGAUGGCAGGUAAGAUGGGCAGAGAGCUGCCGGAGCUGUGGGAGGUCGGCUCCGUCACUCCGCUCUUCAACCAGACCAUCGUUGAAGGUCCACACACAGCUAACGUCUCCUCGAUCAGACUUCCUCUCGAAUGGCACCAACUGCCCACGAAUCUGAGUCACAUCUCGCCAUCUGGGAUGAGCUCCAUGUUAACCAGCAGAGUUCAUUCUACCGCACAUGACAACAGCUCCUCAAACUACUACGACCGUUGUAAGAAACUACACGAGUCAAACUACAGCAGAGAGACCGCGGACGACGCAGAAAGCGACGACGCAAAGAGGAGAGACGAUACAACCAACAACGACACAAAGAGAGACGAUACAACACAUGACGACACAAAGAGAGACGAUACAACACAUGACAACCCAAGGAGCAAGAACCCAAACGACACAAAGAGCGACAACCCAACAAAUGAUGACGCAAAGAGCAACAACCCAAAGAGAAACCACACCAGUGAUGUCACAAAGAUUGACGACACAACAUAUGACGAUGCAAAGAGCAACAACCCAAGGAGCAACUACGCAAACGACGCAAAGAUCGUCAACGCAACAAAUGACGACACAAAGAGCAACGACCCAAAGAGAAACCACACCAGUGAUGUCACAAUCUACAGAAAAACCAACAACUCUUCCCACGACAUCAACGCCACCAACCACAACCCUGCAAGUCACCACUGUGUCGGUUCCAGAUACCGGUCACCUGUGGGAACUACGGUGGCUGAGAGGGUCACAAGAAGACCUACAACACCCAGCAAGUCUGUGGAAGCAGAGAAAGCAGGUUGCCCUUGGAGACGACAGGAGCUGACGUACGACGACGUCUCCGGCAGCACGACGACGGUCGGAGCUCACAAGCUGCAGCCGUGCGUCCUCGAGCUCUGCAAGUUCUUCUCUCAGUGUCUCUGCAGACCCUUCAGCUACAAGACCCGCAUGAAAAGAUACUGUGACGACAGCCACCUCUGGUACGAGAAACACACGUUUGAGGUUUGCCGACGAGUCAGAAGAAUCUCCUUCUCCAGAAAUCUGAAACAGAGAUGCCUGACGAGGAUGUGCAAUAAACUGUGA